AGGAAAGGGAAAACGGCUCGCCAAGCUCCGGAAUCCCUUACCUCAGCGAGCCCGAGCGCGGAGAAAAGCCCGGACUCUCCGAAGCAGCAGCAGCAGGAUGCCAGAAGUAGCAUGAGAGAAGCUUCACAGUAGAGCGUUAUGAAAAUAUAUUAUGGAGCUGGGAUGAAGAAAAGGCAUAACCACAGCUCUGCAGUUCUGAAAAAUGUGUUAUCUUUGGGCUAUCAUGGACACGUUGAAAUGAUUCAUAUCUUCUAUUCUGCACAGAUAAUAGGUUGGGGCAGAGAGAAACAGUGCAGUGUGUUUCUGAGUGAGCAACGCAACGUCUACAUUAAUCAUUAGUAUGUCACGAUUGACAGACUAAAUAAAGCCCCCAAACUUGGUAAUGGAAAGAUGGCGGCCUUCAGAAGCUGGUAGAUCUGGAAAUAAGGUUCUUCAAUAUUAUCUCACUUACUAUGAUGUCAGAAAUUAAUGCCAACUUGACAGUCAACCUCAGCGCGUCUACAGAUGAGCUAAGAACUGGCCUCUCUAGAACAGGUCACACCAUUGUGGCAGUUUUUCUUGGGUUCAUACUGCUUUUUGGCUUCUUGAAUAACUUGAUCGUCCUCAUUCUCUUCUGCAAGUUCAAAACCCUGCGCAACCCUGUGAACAUGUUGCUGCUGAACAUCAGUGCCAGCGAUAUGCUGGUGUGCAUCUCUGGUACCACAUUCAGUUUUGUAUCCAACAUCUAUGGCAAGUGGAUUGGAGGGGAGCAUGGCUGCCGGUGGUACGGCUUUGUCAAUUCCUGUUUCGGCAUUGUGUCUUUGAUCUCGCUGGCCAUUCUGUCUUAUGAACGUUAUAGCACCCUCACCAGUAAACGUGGCUCCGACUACCAAAAGGCUCUGUUAGGAGUUGGGGGCUCCUGGCUCUAUUCUCUGGUCUGGACAGUGCCCCCUCUCAUUGGCUGGAGCAGCUAUGGGCUCGAGCGUGCAGGCACCAGCUGUUCCGUCCGAUGGACCUCUGAAUCUCCGGAGUCGGUGUCGUACAUCAUCUGCCUUUUCAUAUUCUGCUUAGUCAUCCCCGUAACAGUGAUGAUAUACUGCUACGCCCGCCUCUUUUAUGAUGUCAAACAGGUUGGAAAAAUACGGAAGUCUUCUGCCCGUAAAAGAGAAUUCCACGUCCUCUUCAUGGUAAUCACGACCAUCAUCUGUUACCUGAUUUGCUGGAUGCCCUAUGGAGUUAUAGCUCUCCUUGCGACAUUUGGUAGGCCAGGCUUGGUGUCCCCAGUAGCAAGCGUCAUACCAUCUAUUCUGGCAAAGAGCAGCACAGUAUGCAAUCCAAUCAUCUACAUACUUAUGAACAAACAGUUCUACAAAUGCUUUCUGAUGCUUUUCCACUGCCAACCUGCUUCAGCAGCUGACGGAGAAACCAUCUUCCAGUCGAAGGUCACAGUCAUCCAACUGAACCAGAAGGCAGAAGAUGGAGCCGCUAACCAAGCACUUCCCCAAACGGACGAAAAAAUGGACCACCUCCUGAGCCCAGAGUCAAGCCCAGAGCCUGUUUCAGACAGCCCGCCACAGAUGUCCAAGGAAAAUUCAUUCUCGUGAACGAGUACAAGCUGUUGCCUAAUCCAUCUAUAUCAUAUAUGUUACAGUUUUAUUGCUAGCGUGCUUUGUUUUCCCCUAAGGAAUCUGCUGUGUGUUAAGCAGGAACAAAA